ACAUCAAACAUGGCGCUCAACCUCGGUGAACCUUUCCCCAACUUUACGGCCGAAACCACGGUCGGUACGAUCGAUUUCCACGAGUGGAUCGGCGACAGCUGGGCCGUACUAUUUUCCCAUCCGGCUGACUACACGCCCGUGUGUACGACGGAAUUGGCCGCCGUUGCGAAGCUGGUGCCCGAGUUUGUUAAACGCAACGUAAAACCCAUCGCCCUAUCAUGCGAUACGGUUGAAUCCCAUCUCGGCUGGAUUGAGGACAUCCUAGCGUACGGCGAGUUGGUCACUGACGACCCGUUCCCCUUUCCCAUUAUUGAUGAUUCGAAGCGUGAGCUAGCGGUUAAGCUCAGCAUGCUCGAUCGUGACGAGAUCAAUGAGGCCGGAUUGCCCCUAACCUGUCGGGCAGUGUUCAUCAUUGAUCCCACUAAGAAGUUACGGCUUUCCAUCCUUUACCCAGCGACUACCGGGCGGAACUUUGCCGAGGUACUGCGUGCCAUCGAUUCGCUGCAGGUGACGGAUGAGGGCAACGUAGCAACACCGGCCGACUGGAUGCCGGGCGAUACGUGUAUGGUGCAACCGUCGGUACCGGAAGAUCAACUGGCGACACUGUUUCCGGCAGGGGUAACCAAUGUGACGCUGCCUUCGGGGAAAAAUUAUUUGCGCAAAACCGAGUGA